UGCGCCUCAUUCCCUUACGAGCGUAACAUUUGCCUUCCAUUUUAUUACGUUUCCGCCGUGUGUGUUGCACCGCGUUGGCUUUUGUGCACCUUCUUGUGCUUCUGUGACGUUUUUCAGUUGUGUCGCAGGGAGGCUAGCUGUGGCAAGCUAACGUUAGCCCCGCGUAGCUAUGUCGCGAAAUGCACAGAGUGGACUUGAAACAUCCGUGCGCCCAUUAUCGGACGCGUCACCCCCCUUCUACUCGCAAUUGGCAACUUCUGUGCACUUAGGUCCCCGUGACCGGCCUCUGGAAAUGACCUAGAGGCCUUACAGUUACAGUUGGGCUUUUGUCGCUGUAAUCUGCAUCAGCGGGCGAGUCCCAGCCACCUACCUCAGCCGGCACACGGACGAGAAAAGAAGGAAACCAUUCGGGAGGGUGUGGUGGACACACAGAGCAAAGUGUCGCUUUUGGAGAGGAGCAUCUUGAGAUGGACUGGAUCCGCCUCAUCAUAAUCCGGAAUCUAUUUGCAUGUUUUGUUUUUUUUUUUUAAACAUUUUGUAACCUCCAUGCUGUUGACCAGUGUUUUGUUUUGCUUAUUUUUGCUUUCAAUCUGAUUAUUUUCCAUUUUCAUCAGUGAAGGGUUUCUGUAUGUACAAAAGCGACAGACUGUAUGAAGAAUUUUCUUUUCUCCCUCUUCUAAAGGGACGCUAACACAAUUUUAAGCUUGGCUCUAGGAUCUGUUUAUGUGAGGUUGAUCCUGAAUCUUGGAGGCAUGCAUUUUUCUCAUAUGCAGCUGGCCUGCAUAUAAGCACUUCACAUAGACCCCCGGCCCUCUCUACUUGCCACCCCUGCCUUUCGGUUCUCGCAAGACAUCCUGAGAUGAGCCUCUGGCAGGCAGAAUCCCUCAGUGGUCUUUUUACGUGACCAGGACUGUCAUAUUGAGUAUUUCCUUGUGCGUUUGAAAGGAUUUAAAUUUUUUGGUGUGUAAACUAAGAGAGGAUAAUCCGGUGCUGGUGCACCACCUAUGUAUUGUUGCAGUGUGCAGCAAAAUAAAAUGGACUACAAGCGCCGCUUUUUGCUCGGCGGGUCCAAGCAGAAAGUCCAACAGCACCAGCAGUACCAGAUGCCUGAGUUGAACAGAGCCCUUAGCGUCUCACUGGCUGCCUCCUGCUCGGCCACCUCUCCCAUGGGUGUGCCCGAUGGCUGCCACCAGUCUGCCGCCUCCUCUUCCACUGCGGUAGCUGACAUCCAGCAAGGCAUCUCUAAGUACUUGGAUGCCCUCAACGUGUUUUGCCGGGCCAGCGCCUUCCUCACCGACCUGUUCAGCAGUGUGUUCAGGAACUCUCACUACUCCAAAGCGGCUAUGCAACUGAAGGACGUGCAGGAACAUGUCAUGGAGGCGGCCAGCCGGUUGACUGCAGCCAUCAAGCCGGAAAUUGCCAAGAUGCUGAUGGAGUUGAGCGCUGGGGCUGCCAACUUUAAAGAUCAGAAUGACUUGAACUUGCAAGAUGUUGAAGUCCUGGGCCGGUGCUUCUUGACAGUGUUGCAGGUUCACUUCCAGUUCCUUUCGCAGACCCUGCAGAAGGUCCAGCCAGUGGCUCAGUCCUGCUUGGCUGAAGCUCUGGCACAGGCACAGGAGCGCUCAGCCAACGCUCGGUCCCAAAGCGCCGAGCUCGGGCCGCUCACGGAGCUGGAGGAAGCCUCCCGCUCUUGGAAAGGAGCAGCUGAGGCUACGGCGAGACUGCGGGAGAGGGGUCGUGAUGGGUGCCUGGCAGGCCUCCAGGUCCAGCAGCUCUUCUGCUCACACAAUACCAACAUCCCCGAGCAUCAGUUGAAGGAGCUCAACAUGAAGAUCGACAGUGCUUUACAGGUGUACAAGGCAGCACUGGAGAGCUUGGGCCAUAGUGAGUACGCACUGAAGGCCGGUUUCCAUCUGAACCCCAAAUGUGUGGAGGCGGCUUUGCAGGGUUGCUGCGGUGAGGCGGAGGCGCAACAGGCAGGCCGGAUGCAGACCACCUCUCAGCCUAUCCAAUGCGAGCUGCCCACCAUCCCCGUGCAGAUUGGUUCGCAUUUCCUCAAGGGUGUGUCCUUCAACGAGUCGGCGGCAGAGAACCUCAAACUGAAAAUGCAAACCAUGCUGCAGCUAAUUAAAGAGGCGUUGGGCCAAAAUGGGUUGACCCCCAGGGAUGACUCCCCUGUCACCGAAGUACUCAACCAAGUGUGUCCAUCCAGCUGGAGGGGAGCCUGCAAGACAGCUGUCCAGCUGCUGUUUGCUCAGGCUGGUCUGGUGGUGGUUGACACUGCUCAGAUUGAGAACAAGGAGUUGUAUGCGCCUCACAUCACACUAGAAGGAUCCAGGCUUGUGGUCCAGGUUCCUUCCACAUGGUGUCUGAAGGAGGACCCAGCAACAAUGUCCUUGCUCCAGCGUAGCCUUGAUCCAGAGAAGACGCUCGGCCUUGUGGAUGUGCUCUACACAGCUGUGUUCGACAUCAAUAGAUGGAAGGAGAGGAAAGAGCAACCGUUGCCGACUAUCCAGAUUCAGCUGCAGCGGGAGAACCCAGACUUUGGGGGCCAUGCAGAUUUGCCGCUGGGCACUAGCACCAAGACUUCGAGCGGCCUCCCCAAAACCAUCUCCAAGCUGACGUCCAAGUUCACCAAGAAGGUUUCGGCCAGCUCCAACAGCGGCGGGAGCUACUCCAUCCCCAGCACACCGUCCCGCAGCAUGCUGACGUGCAGCGGCUCCGAGGAGAAGGCUAAAACCUUGGGCCACACCGAGGGCCGGCUCCACAGCUUGCUGCAGAUGGGUGCUGGCCCUGACGCGGGCCCCCAAAAUCCGCUGGCAAAUGGUUUGCCGUGUGACGACCAGGGAAUGAACCUUCCGACGGACCAGGAGAUGCAGGACGUCAUCGACUUUCUCUCAGGGUUCAACAUGGGCAAAUCCCAGCAGGCAUCCCCGCUCGUUAAGAGGAGGAACUCUGUGGCGUCUGCCAACCCCGCUGAGCUCAAACCCCCUGCCGGCCCCUCCCCAACCUCCUCGCUUAUUUCUCACGGCACACAGAGCCUGUCCCAACCCCAGGCUCAGCCUCCGACGCCGCCAUCACAACAACAACAACAACCACCACCACCGCCUCUCCCUGUGUCCCAACAACCCUCCGCCCAGGCCCUGCAGUACUACCAGCACCUCCUACAGCCCAUUGGCCAGCAGCAGCCAACACCGCCCCCUCAGCUUCCUCCCCCGCAGCAACGGCCGGCAAGCAAGUGGCUGGGGACGUCCGGCCAGCAACCUCCACCAGGAGGGUUGUCGCCUCUGGGUCCCAUUGGCCAGUGGGGGGCCUCCCCCGGGCUGGCGGACCUAAGCUCAGACCUGUACAGCCUCGGCCUGGUGAGCACGUACAUGGACAGCGUUAUGUCCGAGGUGCUGGGCCAGAAGCCUCAGGGGCCCCGCAACAACACGUGGCCCAACAGAGAGCAGAGCGACGGCGUCUUUGGCGUCCUGGGAGACGCGCUGCCUUUUGAUCCUGCAGUGGGUUCCGAUCCGGAGUUUGCCCGCUACGUGGCCGGCGUAAGCCAGGCCAUGCAACAGAAGCGUCAGGUGCAGCACCCACGUCGCCCCAGCAACCCUCGCAGUAACUGGCCUAUGCCCGAUGAGCAGCACAGGACGUGGGCGCACCCGGAGUAUUACAACGAGGGCGAAGCGGUCAACAGCGGCUGGUUGGCCAAUCAAGGAGAUUCUGCCAGCUCCAGCGACGAGACGUCCUCCGCCAAUGGAGACAGCCUCUUCUCCAUGUUCUCUGGACCUGAUCUGGUGGCGGCCGUCAAGCAAAGAAGGAAACACAGCUGUGGCGAGCCAGAAGCGUGCACCCUGCCCUCGCCGGGCCUCCAUCAUGUCGCCGACGACAACCAGGACAGCAAAACGAAAACAUGGCCUCCCAAAGCUCCGUGGCAACCCUCCGCCCACGGCGCGGUGACCAAUCCCAGCUCUUCCUUGUACCACCAGAUGAACCUCCCGCCGCCCUCGUCCUCGUCGCAGUGGAGCGACUCCAUGCAGAUGCUCCAGUCGCCCGUGUGGUCCGCGGCCGGUGGCGGCGAUCGCUCGCCUUCGGCCGGCGCCAUCUCCUCGCCGUUCCCCUUUGCCCAGCAGCAGCAGCAGCUGAAAGGCAUGAAGGCCUUCAAGUCGUUCCCCUUGAAACACGAGCACAGGUCGUCCUUCCUCCAUCAGUACUGAGCCGCACGCUUCACGUACUUCAUGGAACAGUAAAACACACUGACACGUUUCCACGCUCUUUUAUAUACGCUACACUUCCGCAAGGAUUAUCAGGGCCACGCUGACAGGAAAUGCAUCCGACUACCGCCAUAAAGACAUAAUUGCCGUAUUAAAUUCCCCCUAAAUGAAAUUAAAUGGCGUGGGGAGGAAAAAAAAAAUCUAUAUUUCUUUAAAAAGAAGUCAGAACUUUAUGGAGAAAAAAAAGGCUCUGUGGUGCAAAUUGUUGAAUCUUUUCUUAAAAUACAAACUAAAAAUGUGAAAACAUCAAUUGUAUUUGUAAUACAUGUUACAAUACAAUACAAUUUAUAAUGUAUUUUAAAUAUAUAUAUAUAUAUAUAUUGGGACAACAUAAAAUAUUCUUGUGACUCAUUACCUCUUGCAAGAUUUAAAUCUAAAUUUUAUAAUUUAUUCUCUCGCAAAUUAAAAACAGUAUCACUAUAAAAGUUAGUUUUAAAAAUGUGCGAUUUUUUUUUUUUUCUUAGGAGAAAAAAAAGUCACUAAAAGGAUAAAAUCGCAAUUUUAGUGAACAAAAUUUGAAACUUGAUUGUCGUCAAAUUGUCUUCUCUCGUAGAAUCAUCAUUGGUUAAAGAUUCGUCGUUUUAACUUUCCGAGAAGUUAGACAUUCUUUUAUCAGAAUGAAGUCGCAACUUUGUGACAAAUCAAGUUGUAAUAUUAAGAUAAAUCCCAAACAUUGAAAAUAUCCUAACGUUAUAAGAAAAAGUUGUAACUUUACCAGAAAAAAGUACAAUGUUGUCAUUUUAUGAGAAUACUGUCGGAACUGACAGAGAAUCGAGUGAAAAUGUGAGGAAUGAUUUUCAAAAGGUCACGUCAAGUUAAUUGCCAAAUUUCAGUUUGUUGUAACUCAUUGGAAAGAAGUUGCUUGCUCGCUUUUUGACGGGAAUAAGGACAUGAAAAGCCAACACUAUGAAAAAGAAGUUCUUGUAAUAUUCUGAAUUAAAUUGAGAAUUUCAGGAAUUUGCCUCCAAAAUUCUGACUUCAUUUCAUAAAAUCUUUUUUUUUUUUAAUCUUAGUUACCAUGAUGUAAACUUGCCAUUUUUCAUUCUUAUCAUAGUAUGGCUCCUAUUUUUUUGGGUGAAAUUUCCUCACGUUUUUCUCUGUCACCCAAUUUUAGUUUUUAGUUUAACAUUCUGCCUUUUUUUUCCUGGGGAAAAAAAACAUAUUUUUGCUCUUUUUCGUUCAAGUAUUGUUUCUCAUGUUACGACUUCUUUUUGUCGCGUUACACAUUUUUUUUCCUUAAAGAUUGAAUUUUUUUUCCUCUGGUUAAGCAAACAUUUUUUUGCUCCUUGUUAGCAUGUGAAAUGACUAUUUUUUUUUUUUUUUUUUUGUUCCUGACUUGGUGGGGGCGGGGUAAGAAUCUCCCUUCACUUAACAAUUGUGACCUUUUUGUUUACUUUAUGAUUUCAUUCUUGUAACAGUUUAGCACCAAAUCAUGACCUUAUUCUCAUAACUAUCUUUUAAAAUAACAUUUAUAGCAAGACCGUUUUUCCUCGUUUUUUUUUCCCUCUCCUUUUCUCAUUAUGACUUUUCUUAGUUUUCUUCAACUUUUUCUAUUAGAACUUGAUGAUAUUUGCAUAUUAGAAUUUUUGGCCGGCAACUGUGUAUUUUCAUCUGACUUUUUCUCGUAACUUUACCUAACUUUAACACUGCAAGUUUUUCUGCUUGUACCUUUUUAUUUUUUAAAUUUUUAUUAUCAGCAUUUAUUUAUGAUUGUGAAAAAUUUUUUUUUUCCUUUUCGGCGUGGCCCUGGUACUCCCGGAUAUAUGGGAUCUGUUUUGCUAUUCCCCCUGCCCGCUCCAAACUACUACUUAAUUACUUACUACCAUUCUUAUGACGACAAAGCUGUCAUGUCUCUUCCCUGUGAUGAGGGGUCCCACCCCAACCCCACCCCCCCACCCUUUCAAGGCAAGAGCUGGAGACUGCUUGAGGGGAAAAAGGACAACCUUGUGUAAAGCAAGCUGUAACUGCCAAAUGUACAGCUAGUGUGUACAUAAACUUUCAUUUUUCACAUUUUUAAAGAGGCUUUGAGCAGGCUCAGCACAGUUAAUACGCAAAUACACUUGUUUUGUUUUAUUUUUUUUGUUAUUUCUUUGUCCUCAUUGGACCCUCACACAGAUGUAUUCGAUGUGCCAUUUUGCUUCCGAAAGCACUUGUUCCCAACCAAAGGAGGAGACUGAUCAGUGAUGCGUUCGCUUACCCCCCCCACCCCCCGCAAAUUAAACGCCACGACUCAACAGUAUUAAUAAUCGUACUUAAAGGCUAUUUUCCACUUCCCGAUUUAUGUGAAAAAAAAAAAGCACACGAGUCGACAAACUACCAAAUACGCUCAAAUGGUUUUAUUUGGUGUUCAUGGCAAAAGCCCCGAAUGUUUUUUUUUUUUUUUUUUUUUUUGUGAAGUUUGCAGAUGCCGAUGUUGCCUGUAUUUAUGAAAUGACUCCACAUACAUACACAAAAAAACCAACUCUCACACUUCAAAAUGUUUACAGUUUUGCUGUACAGACGUACAAAUAUAUAUCUUUUUAUAGUUAAACGUGCUUUGCACAAUCAACAUAGAUUUUGCUUUUUUUGUUUUAUGGGUCUGUUCCCUCCCUUUGCCUUCACUUUACUUUUCUCAAGGUGGCAGACUUGUAAUUGUUAGCUGACCCCCCCUCCCCCAACACGUUAAACGGUUUUCCUUUUAUGGUGGCAAAGGAAUAACAAAUCCAUAAUGGCAAAAUGAUAAACAAGAUGAGGUCAUGUAAAGGGGGUGGGGCUGCUAGGCUUACAUUGCUUCUUCUUUUCCGCUGGCGACUCGAAAGCUACCAGCAAAGCAGAAAAAAAAAAAAAUAAAGAUAACUAACAAUUUUA